CGAACACUCCAACCUGCACAGAUACGCUAAUUUCUUAUUAUUCCUCAUCUAGAGGAGCUUUCAUACCUGCCCUCUUCAUCUUGACCUUUCCUUCUGGAUUCUUUGACCUGGAGCUCCAGGCAAACACACCUGAUCUUCCAAUGCAGAGAAAUUAUCCCUCUCCAAGGCAGUUUUUGUGUGAAUUCAGGGGUGAAGAGCCUUGAAACCUUUUUUGUUCAGCUCCAUGGCUGAAAGAAAACACAAAUUAAUCUCCAAACUCCUCCUCUCCCUCUCUCCUCUACUCCUCCAUUUCGGUCUCUUCACCCCUGCGUGUGUCUGCGGUCCUGCCCGGGCCCCCCUUCUUGCUGGUCAGCCAUUCCUGGUUCUGUGGGGGGUUCCGGAUAAAGACUGUUUAGGUCGGCCGGACCCAGCAGCAUUUGGGAUGGAGUGGGAAGGCCGUGUGGCAAUUUUUUAUGAGGAUACACUAGGACUCUACCCAUAUUUCACUGCACAUGAUUGUCCUGUCAAUGGUGGCCUACCGCAACACACCAGCCUUAACCAGCACCUCCAGAGGGUGGAGGGGGAUCUGACAGCCACACUACCACAGGCAGGAGCACCUGGGCUGGGGGUACUGCACUGGGAUGAGUGGGCACCUCAAUGGAGCAGGAACAGGGGCAGUAAAGCAAAGUACCUUGUGGAGUCAAAUGGACUUCUCAGAGGUUUUUUUUCUGACUGGAGUGUAGAAGAGUUGGAGAAAUGGGCUCAGGUUGACUUUGAAGCAGCAGCACAGUCCAUAAUGAUGGAGACACUGCGAGAGGUGAAGAGACUCCGCCCACAGAGAUUAUGGGGCAUGACCCCAUAUCCUAACUGCUAUAACUAUGACUCCACCCAGAUGGCAUUAGCCAAUUACACAGGACGAUGCCCUGCAGCAGAAAUGGCCCUUAAUAAUGAGCUGAUGUGGCUGUGGAAACGUAGUGGUGCCCUUUACCCAAUUCUCUCACUGGAGAAGCUGCAAGAAGGAACCAAAGGGUCAUGGCUUUAUGCAACCAAUCAGAUCAGAGAAGCAUUACGAGUGGCGGCUCUUGCAGGUACUACCUGUGAUCUUCCUGUGUUUCCCUUGAUCAAGAUUGUGUACGCCUCUACUGACGCCUUUCUCUCAGAGAUUGACCUGGUGAAUACUAUCGGAGAGAGUGUUGCUUUGGGUGCAUCUGGAGUCAUUAUAUGGGAAAAAUCUUUAGCAGUUAAAACACAGAAAUCCUGCUCAGAGUUUGGCUCGUACGUCCGUGAGGUUCUCGGCCCUUAUGCGGUCAAUGUGACCACUGCAGCACGUCUUUGUGGAGUUUCACUGUGUCAGGGACGUGGACGCUGUGUGCGUAAGAAACCAGAAGACCCCACUUACCUGCAUCUUCCUUCGGGCCACUUCCUGCUUCUGCCAAAUGGGGCGGAAGGUGUCCGGGCCACGGGAGAGCUUCCUGCUGCUUAUGUAGACAUCUGGAAGAAGGACUUCCGGUGCCAGUGGUUCGAGGCAUUGGAGGAUGCAGCUGCGGAUCAAGACUCAGGUGGUGUGGUGGUAAAUCGAAUGAAAAUAACAUCACCUACGGUAAAGACAGUAGUUGGGAUAAGCCAGAGUGAGAGUACAGUAGUUCCAUUGGUGCCAGUUCCAGUGAUGCCUACCAAGCAGACGAUAGACAGUGGAAGCUCUGCACCUCAUAUACUGGCCAUCCUUCUUUCCAUGCUGGUUCUUAUCAACUUCAUUAUGUUUGAUAUAUCGGGAGCUGGAGUAUAGUGGGAGAUUAUUUUGUCUCCCCAGUUGGCCUAGACUUUGGGUGAUGACUUGUUUGCUAAUUGCUAAUUUUUUUUUUUUUAAUUUCUCAAAGAAUGAGGCGACCUCAGAGACAAAGUUAAAUUCACAGUCUAAACAUGACUGAAAGAACUGAAUGAAGAUCUUGACCAGAACUUGAACGUGACUUGAAUGUUGUUUGGUUUUCAGAGCAAAAUGAAUUAGCAACCUUCUAUGAGGUAUUGUAUAAAACAAAUAGGCCCAGUCAAAACGCAGACUAGCUAAGUGCUGAAUACUUUUUUUUUACCGAUAAAUUGUACGAGAUUAUUUUGUAUGUAUGAGAUAAAAGAUUUGAGUCCGUUUUGAGAUGGCAACAUUAGAAGAAAAUAAUGCUUAAUGAAAUAACUGUCUUUAAAACUGUCUGUAUCAUCAACACAGAUAACAAUCUAUUAUUUAUAUAAUCAUGUGACGUAAGCAUGUGCAAUGUCAAACAUGUGUAAGCCAUCUGACAGAACAGUGAUAGCGCAUCCAUGUGAUUUAAUGAAUGCAGCUGGGCCGGGCUGUAACUCACCUCUGUCUGCAUAAACGAAUAUCUUAUCAAAUGUUUAAUCUCAUUUUAUCUGUUACAUUUUAGCAAAACAGAAACUAGUCAAGUUUACGCUUAAUCUAAGCAGCAUUAGAAGCCUAAUCUGAACAUAGUGAUCCUUCAUAAUAAACACUGAAAGUAAUUAAAACAUUCAGUGACAUUAUAUGAAUGACUCUUGGGCAAAUCUGGUUGUAUUUAAAUUACAAAAAUUAAACAAAUACCCACUGGCAGAUGAGAAAAAAAGAGAAAAUUAUAUUCAGGGUCCCCACACCUUUUGAUCAAUACAUUUCCAUAGCCUUCUGUGAACUUUUAUAGAAGCUGGCAUUAAACAUAUAUAAUUGCCUGCUUAUUAAAUAUCUUAAAGCUGAGCAUAACUAGAAAAAAAUAUCUUUACUACUGUAACGAUGCUGGCAAUGACAGGCAAAUGAUGACAAUGAAGUGAAGAACCCAGGUGCAGUUUAUUUGCAUGAAGCGUGAAAACCAAAAACGUGACUACAAAACAUAAACAUGAACUAAACUAGACUUGACAUGAAUUCCAAACGACGUUACAUAAACACAAUACCUGACAAUGGACAAUGGCAAUCAUGAGGCUUAAAUACAUGGACAAGGGAGAAACAUGACAAUGAUAACCAAUGACAAGACAGAACUGAUAACAAGGUAACAAGACAAUAAACCAAUGAAAGCAAGACACAUGAACAUGGAGGGAAACAUGCAAUCACAUGACCAGGGGACCACAUGACACGAAACAGGGAAUGACAUGACAUGGCAGGGAAACACGAAAUAACAUGACAUGGAACACAUGACUAUAAAACAGGAACUAAACUUCCAAAAUAAAAGACAUUAACACAAAACAUUAACAAAAACACAUAAAACCAUGACAUAUUCCCCCCAAAACGAAAACACAGAGUUCAAGAGGGAGCUGGGGGGGGGGUUACCGUGGUGAUUUGAUGUGGUUAACAUGGUACGGCAGGAUCCUGACUUGGCCGUGGUAGGCGUGGAUGCUGACUCGUUGGUUGUGGCAGACGUGAACACUGGACCGUGGAGCAGAGGCGGGCCUGGACUGUGGAGCAGAAGCGGGCCAGGACCGUGUAGCAGAGGCGGGCCAGGACCGUGGAGCAGAGGCUUGCUUGUGACAUGGCAUGGAGCAAUCUGGCUUGGCUGAGACAUGGCAUGGAGCAGACUGAAGCUUGGCUGUGACAUGGUGUGGAGCAGACUGAGGUUAGGCUGUGACAUGGCGUGAAGCAGACUGAGGUUAGGCUGUGACAUGGCGUGAAGCAGACUGAGGUUAGGCUGUGACAUGGCGUGAAGCAGACUGAGGUUAGGCUGUGACAUGGCGUGAAGCAGACUGAGGUUAGGCUGUGACAUGGCGUGAAGCAGACUGAGGUUAGGCUGUGACAUGGCGUGAAGCAGACUGAGGCGUUAUUGUGAUGGGCUCAUGCUGUAACAUGGCAUGGAGCAGGCUGAGGCGUGGCUGUGACAUGGCAUGGAGCAGGCAGAGGCAUGGCUGUGACAUGGCAUGGAGCAGGCUGAGGUGUGGCUGUGACAUGGCAUGGAGCAGGCUGAGGCGUGGCUGUGACAUGGCAUGGAGCAGGCUGAGGCGUGGCUGUGACAUGGCAUGGAGCAGGCUGAGGCGUGUCUGUGACAUGGCAUGGAGCAGGCUGAAGCGUGGCUGUGACAUGGCAUGGAGCAGACUCAGGAUCCGGGGCAGAAGGUGGCGCAGGCUCGGCGACCAUGACGUGGGACCCUGGCUCGUCGACCGUGACGUGGGACCCUGGCUCGGCGACCGUGACGUGGGACCCUGGCUCGGCGGCCGUGACGUGGGACCCUGGCUCGGCGGCCGUGACGUGGGACACUGGCUCGGCGGCCGUGACGUGGGACCCUGGCUCGGCGGCCGUGACGUGGGACCCUGGCUCGUCGACCAUGAUGUGGGACGCUGGCUCGGCGGCCGUGACGUGGGACCCUGGCUCGGUGGCCGUGAUGUGGGACUCUGGCUCGUUAUCCACCUACCCCAAAGUGAACGGCCCACUUAUCAGUAGGGCAAGGUCGAUAUACUGAGUCAGGCUGUAGGUACACCAACCGUCAGGCAUCAGGGAGGAGACCGGCUCAUUCAGCCCAAAACUGAAACAGUCCCUAAAGGCAAUCUCAUUUAAGUCGACCCUGCAGGCCAGAGCGCAGAAGUCCUCUACUUAUUCCUCCAUGGGACGAUUCGCCUGACGUAAACGAAGUAGCUGAACUGCUAGGUUCAUUUUGCGGUCAGGUAUUCUGUAACGAUGCUGGCAAUGAUAGGCAGACGAUGACGAUGAAGUGAAGAACCCAGGUGCAGUUUAUUUACAUGAAGCAUGAAAACCAAAAAUGUGACUACAAAACAUAAACAUGAACUAAACUAGACUAGACUAGACUUGACUUGACUUGACUUCCAAACAACGUUACAUAAACACAAUACCUGACAAUGGACAAUUGCAAAGAUGAGGCUUAAAUACAUGGACAAGGGAGAAACAUGACAAUGAUAACCAAUGACAAGACAGAACUGAUAACAAGGUAACAAGACAAACCAAUGAAAGCAAGACACAUGAACAUGGAGGGAAACGUGCAAUCAAAUGACCAGGGGACCACAUGACAUGAAUGACAACUACUGGAUAUUCCAUGACUUUUCCAGGCCUGAAAAUCACACUUUUGCAGUUCUCUGAGAUGUGCAGGUUUUCCAUGGCCGUGGGAACCCAUUCAAUAUUAACUCAACAAUAAUAAACACAUGUCUACAUUUUUUACAUGUCUGUGAAUUCAUCAGAGAUCAGAAGGGAAGGCAGAGGGACACCUUUUGUUUACCAGUGAAUAUUUAUCCUGGUAGGGCCAAAUGAGGACACGAACAGUCUGACUCACAUAUACACACAUUGUGCCCCAUCCCUGAGAAUUUGUCACUGAGUCAUGUUGGAAAUCAGGACACUGCUAUAACUGAACU